UUGGUGCCAGACUGGGAGAAAACUACGAAGCAAGAGAGCAAUGACGAUUCGAGUGAAGGUGCUCGGCUGCCGCAGGCUGGUCUUGCUGUUCCUUUUUCUGGGGAUGUUGUUGGAAGCCCAGGCUGGGAAGAUCCGCUACUCAGUGCCAGAAGAGACAGACAAAGGUUUCUUUGUAGGCAACAUUGCCAAAGACCUGGGACUACAACCCCAGGAGCUGGCGGAGCGGGGAGUCCGCAUCGUCUCCAGAGGUAGGACUCAGCUUUUUGCUCUGAACCCGCGAAGCGGCAGCUUGGUCACCGCAGGCAGGAUAGAUCGGGAGGAGCUCUGCGCUCAGAGCCUGCAGUGUCUGGUGAGUUUUAACGUCUUGGUAGAGGAUAAAAUGAAGCUUUUUCCUGUUGAAGUGGAAAUAAUUGAUAUUAAUGACAACACUCCCCAAUUCCAGUUAGAGGAAGCAGAAUUUAAAAUGAAUGAAAUAACCACUCCAGGUACCAGGAUCCCUCUACCUUCUGGGCAAGACCUUGAUGUGGGUAUGAAUUCGCUCCAGAUGUACCAGCUCAGCUCCAACCCUCAUUUCUCCCUGGAUGUGCAAGAGGGACCUGAUGGGUCCCAACAGCCAGAGAUGGUGCUGCAGAGUCCCCUAGAUAGGGAAGAAGACGCUGUCCACCGCCUCCUCCUCACCGCUUUUGAUGGGGGCAACCCAGUCCAUUCAGGAAGCCUCCGAAUUCGAGUUCAGGUGGUGGAUGCAAAUGACAACCCUCCAGCGUUUACUCAAGCACAGUACCACAUGAGUGUUCCUGAGAACGUGCCGCUGGGCACUCGGCUGCUCACGGUAAAAGACAUGGACCCAGAUGAGGGAGCCAAUGGGGAAGUAACAUAUUUGUUUCAUAAUAUAGACCACAAAGUGGCACAAGUAUUUCACUUGGAUUCUUACACAGGAGAAAUAUCAAAUAAAGAACCUCUGGAUUUCAAAGAAUACACAAUUUAUCCAAUGGAAAUUCAAGCUCAGGAUGGUUCAAGCCUCAUGGCCAGAGCUAAGGUGCUGGUCAAAGUUCUGGACAUAAAUGAUAAUGCCCCAGAGGUGACCAUCACCUCUGUCACCACUGCAGUCCCAGAAAACUUUCCUCCUGGGGCCAUAAUUGCUCUUAUCAGUGUGCACGACCAGGACUCCGGAGACAAUGGUCACACUACGUGUUCCAUUUCUGGAAACCUACCCUUUAAAUUAGAAAAGUUAGAUGAUAAUUAUUACCGUUUAGUGACAGAAAGAACAAUGGACAGAGAACUUACUUCCCAGUACAACAUCAUAGUAACAGCAGCAGAUCAGGGAACUCCGACUCUAUCUACCGAAACACACAUUUCACUGCAAGUGACAGAUAUCAAUGACAACUCCCCUGUCUUCCUCCAGGACUCCUACUCCACCUACAUUCCAGAAAACAACCCCAGAGGUGCCUCCAUUUUCUCCGUGACUGCCCACGAUGCUGACAGCAAUGAGAAUGCACAAGUCACUUAUUCCCUGGUGGAGGACACCAUCCAGGGGGUACCUCUGUCCUCCUUUGUCUCCAUCAACUCAGACACUGGAGUCCUGUAUGCGUUGCGAUCCUUCGACUAUGAGCAGUUCCAUGACCUGCAAUUGAGAGUGCUGGCUCGUGACAGCGGGGACCCGCCGCUCAGCAGCAACGUGUCACUGGGCAUAUUCGUGCUGGACCAGAAUGACAACACACCUGAGAUUCUGUACCCCGCCCUCCCCACUGACGGUUCCACCGGUGUGGAGCUAGCACCCCGCUCCGCAGAGCCUGGCUACCUGGUGACCAAGGUGGUGGCUGUGGACAGAGACUCGGGCCAGAACGCCUGGCUGUCCUACCGCCUGCUCAAGGCCAGCGAUCCAGGACUCUUCGCGGUGGGGCUGCACACGGGCGAGGUGCGCACAGCGCGGGCCCUGCUGGACAGAGACGCGCUCAAGCAGAGCCUGGUGGUGGCGGUCCAGGACCACGGCCAGCCCCCUCUCUCGGCCACCGUCACGCUCACAGUGGCGAUGGCUGACAGCAUCCCAGAUGUGCUGGCCGACUUGGGCAGCAUGGAACCCUCCACCAACCUGGACAACUCCAGCCUCACGCUGUACCUGGUGGUGGCAGUGGCUGCGGUCUCCUGCGUCUUCCUCGCCUUUGUCAUUGUGCUGCUGGCGCUCAGACUGUGGCGCUGGUAUCGGACGCGUGUGCUCCAGGCUUCAGGAGGAGGACUGGCGGGAGAGCCCGUCUCUCACUUUGUGGGCGUAGAUGGGGUGCGGGCUUUCCUGCAGACCUAUUCCCACGAGGUCUCCCUCACCGCGGAUUCGCAGGUGAGUCACGUGACCUUCCCUCAGCCCAACUACGCUGACACGCUCAUCAGCCAGGAGAGCUGUGAGAAAAAGGAUUUUCUAUCAGCACCCCAGUCUUUACUUGAAGACAGAAAGCAAACAUUUUCUCAGGUAAACUUUGUGUAGUAAGUUCAUCUAGGUAAAAAUAAUUCCUGAGUUUACUUACUUGCUUUCAUUCUUUACUACUAACAGUUCUCUAUUUCCCAUAUAUCAUUGUAGCUUUCUAUUUACAAAUCCUGGG